AUGAGCAGCAACCCAUCUCUCACCAACUUCAACGUUGGCGCUUCCGUGCCGGAUACGGAAGCAAAUGGGCCCGGUGGACAGAGUAUUACAGAGUGGAGACGGAAGCAAGGCAUUGAUCCGUCGCAGCAGAUUCGUACUGUCAGGCUGGUGCACAUGCGAUACCAGCAUCCGGACCUUAAGACUAUCAGCACGUUUCUUAAUGACUUUGGCAUGCGUGCUGUAAAGGAGGCUGAAGACUGCGUGUGGUUCCGGGGAUAUGGGGUUGACCAGUAUGUCUAUUACGCGCAGAAGGGCCCCAAGAAGUUCCUCGGCGGGACAUUCGAGGUAGAGACGUAUGAUGAUUUGAUCAAGGCAUCUAAGCUACAGGGUGCCGGCCCCAUUACAUCACUGGACGACGCACCUGGUGGCGGCUCCUUGGUUACCACCUUCGAUCCGGAGGGGCUCCCGAUCAAUUUCAUCCAUGGCCAAGAGCCCGCGAAAAUAGGCAAGAUGCCUGAGAGGCUCAUCGUCAACUUUGAGGACGAUAAGCCGCGCAGACGAAGGUUCCAGCGCUUUGACGAAGGACCUGCCGCGGUGCACAAGCUUGGUCACUAUGGCCUCUGCGUACGAAAUUUCGCCGAGCAGCUGGAUUGGUAUACUCAUAACUUUAAUUUCGUUCCAUCGGAUCUGCUCUUUGUACCAGAUGAGAAUAAAAACACAAAGGACGUGGCUAUCUUCGCCCACAUCGAUAGAGGUGACGACUAUGUUGAUCACCACACCAUCUUCCUGAGUCAAGGGCAGUCAUCACAUGUCCAUCAUUGUUCAUUCGAAAUUCACGAUUUCGACACUCAGCAGCUAGGCCAUCAAUGGCUGGCUGGGAAAGGAUAUAAGAGUGUAUGGGGCGUCGGCCGCCAUAUUUUGGGAAGCCAGAUUUUUGACUACUGGUGGGAUACAACAGGCAACAUGAUUGAGCAUUAUGCCGACGGAGAUUUAGUCAACCAGAAUACGCCUAUUGGGCAUUUGCCUGCAGGCGACGAGAGCUUGGCGGUAUGGGGUCCUGAGGUUCCAAAAGCGUUUUUAGAUUAG